CUUGUCUAUGGAAUAGAAGAACUACAUGUACUAGUCAGGCUCAGGCACAGGCUACUCUGUCUAUGGUGUACCCUCGUCACGGUCCUCACCCUCGUUCCCAUGAAACACUUUUCCCUGCUGCACAGCAAUCUCCGAAGUCUUUGUUCUGAUUAACGACCACACUAUUGUGAAGACGCUUUCUAUACUGAUCAUGUUCAUGACCGUGCUUCAUCAAAAACAUCAUGAUAGUAAUCAAUCGUAGAAUAUUAAGUAAAAGUAGAAUCUUCAUGUACAUUGUAGUUCUUGUUGAUGCAGCCACUGAACGUCGUGCCUCAUCAUUCUGCUCCUUCUCCAUUGCUUGCGUGCUGGGUAUGCUCUAGUAGGAGAGUUAUUCCGCAACAAAGUAGAGUAGUGGUUUCAAUCGACGACUUGUAAUAGCCUCGACAAUUACUGAAUCCAUAUCUAGGUAAGUGUAAGUGAGUUGUACCUUCUUGUGCGGACAACCGCACGGGCUCCUUCUGCCUGGUGCUGUGGGCGCUAGGCAUGCGCCAGAUCAAGACUAACUAGUACAGCUAGUAAGAAUACGAUCAAAGUCAAAAAAGAUCAUCACGUGCAUACUAAGACAACAACGUUCACUCCACAAAAACACAAAAGAAACAGCAAGAUGGGUGAGGUUCGUGUGAAUUUGAAGUCUGUUUUCGGGCUUUCGCCAGCCACGGGAAGAACUGAGGCUGAUCCCUAUGUGCGGAUUUCACUGCUGGCAAAGAGCAAGGUCCUCGACUCCUUCACCAGUAGCAUAUCAAAGGGCGCAUUCGAUCCUGAAUACGAGGAGGAUUUUGUCUUCGCCAAGGUCGCCGCGAAACAUGAUCAGCUCUCUCUGAAACUAGAGGUGAUGGACGCCACAGAGCUGAAAAUUACAAAGAAGGAUCAGCUACUAGGCUGCUGUCACGUGCUUGAUUUACGAAAAAUCAAAAAUUUGGAGGUACUAGUCUUGUCGUGGUUUUUCUUUUUUGAUGAAACAAUACCACGCCACGUGGAGCGCCCAUUUAGAUUUUCAGUUUAUCCACCAGUCGAGUCGGAUAGUUAAACUGUUUGUAGUGAGAAUGCAAGGCACUUCUCAUCUGUUGUACGAAGUAGUUUGUUCUUGCACCUAUCUGCUAGAGAACAACGAACAACAAGAUGAAUAACAGGACAAAUCGUCCGUCUAGGUAUUAUACUUCUCAUGAAAUCACCAAAGGUUCAGCGAAAGCUGAUGAAUGCGAAGGGCACAGAGGGUGUUGAUGGUGUGAUUUUCGUGGAGUAUAGCUACGAGCCUGAAGGCGCCGACGUUGCGGAGGCGGACAUGGUUGAUGGUGACGAUGGCGGAACCUUUUGCGGCUUCGUCUACGUAGAGGCGAUCGACGCCAUAGACUUAGACGCAGAUCAUCUCAUUCUGAAAAAAGGCGAUCAGGAUGAUGAGGUCCUUUUCUAUUUCAUCUUUUUUAUCUACUAUAAUUAACUUAUCCUUGUCCGAGACCCUCAGAUUUAAUGAAAUAGGCUUUAUGCAAACGUGAUGACUGAGCAUGUGCAUGAUACGAACAUAAGAUCAACAACCAAGAAACAAAAACAAUUUACGCCAUUCUCAGGAAGAUGAAGCGGGUUUAGCGACAAAGCAGAGAAUAGACUGGAAUACAGUAAUGGAAGUCAGCUGUUCAAAGACGUGCAGAGCUCGGACGGUCCCAUUUAGUUGGAGAUCACUUGAGGUGGAAGGUAAUGAUUGAGUUUCUACACUAAUUCAGUUCAUACUAAUUUCAGUUCAUACAACAGUAAGAGCUUUUGGUCUGCGUAAGUCACCAGCGCACUCACACAACCAUCAUUACGGGCGUCACAACCCGCAAGUUUAAACUUUAGGUUCUUUAGUUUAUACACUGAAUUUUUACUAGUACCUACUCCCACAACUCAACUAGUACUUCCACUUUCACAACACACGUCAGGCACGCCAAACCCUUCAUGGAACGAAGGUUGCUCCUUUCCCAUAGAUUUCGAAACAAGUGACAGCCUGAAGCCAGUGAAGAUACGUGUGCUGCAAGACGAGCAGCUGAUAGGACAGACUAUGUGCGAUAUCCCCUUGACACCGGUUAGCCGCAUUUAUGUGAAGCGAAUCUACGACCACUCACACGAAGUUCGAGGAUACAUCUGUGUGAAAGUAGGCUUUGUCCCAUUCGGAUUUCGUGUAGUAGACCUGCUUUCGGAGACGGUCAUGGACGACAACUCAACUGCAGAUUUUCUCGGCAUGCGACGGAAAUAUGCGGAUGUAUUCAUCUUACUUGAAAAAGUGUAGAAUGAUGCUGCGAAUAAUUUUUGAGCACGUAAUUUUUUCGGUGGCAGGAUUCUUAGAUUUACUAUUUUUAAAAGAUGACUUCAGACUUCAGCAUGUUGUUGAACAAAGACGUCCAUUGAAGAUCGCCUUUACAUCCUCGAUUUAUCGUCAUUCUCCAACCUAAACAGGUGAUUGCCCAGAAUCACGAUUUCCAAGAUGCUAUGGCGAUGCUGCAGGACAGGAUAGAUGAAUUAGAGGGCGUCCGGAAAGGCGGGGACGACGAGGAGGCUGGAAAAGAAGGCGAUGAACGCCGCGAGAAGAAAGGACCGAGCCAAAAGGCACGUUGGCAUUUUUUCGCAAUGGCAGCUGAGCCUUGGUCAAAAGCCACCAAAGUCUCCGCAUAUAGACUGCGGGGUCUAUUAGAGGAGAGUAUUUAAUAUUAUAGAUACUCUGAUACUGUUAGUGCUGUUAGAACCUCCAUUUAGAAUUUCAAUUUCUUAGAAAUAAGCACGUUGUUGAACCAUCUUGAUCACCACUGGUACUUGUGCCUAGAGUUACUGACUUUCAUUCAUAAUCAUUUUUGUGACUUCACCAUGACUUCUAGGUCUACCCGACCGUCGACAUCAAGUGGUCCCUCUCAUACGUGCGACCACAACUUCGGCAUACCUGAAUUUUCGAGAGUGCAAUAUGGUUCUUAAGGAGUUUGACCUCGGAUCCCGCGAAUGGCGGCGGCUAGUGAAAACAGUAAUGCGCCAGAAUCUCGCAGCAGCACAAAGCCCGCCCGUAGAAAUGGGAGAACAGAGCGAAGCCUUACAGUAAACUCUUACACGCGAACGCAACCAGCUAGAGAUUUCUCGUUGUUCUCUUGACGGUCAUAUUAUACUUGCGAUUCACGACGACAUUGUUGUAAGUACUAACUUGUACGAGGAAGACGAGGAGCCACACGACUAUCAAUUACAUGAAAAUUACAUGAAUAGCUGCAACAUACGAUCAUAUGUACUUCGAUUUUGAACAACCGCUACCGAAAAAAAAUGUAAAAUUCCACUUGACUGCGAUGAUUGCGCACGAGUAGAAGGACAAUGCCUCGUCCUUCUUCGUUUUCAUCAUUUCAUUAUAUAAAUAUGACGUCUUCUUCUCUGUACCUUAUUCCGACUUGUCAACCACGUCAUAUUCGUAUUUGUCUUUCACCGUUACUUGUCAUCGUAUAUUUUUCGAUAGUGCUACCAAGAAUAAUGUCAGGCAGUCCAUCCUUCAAAUAGCAUUAGCCUAGUACUCUAGUGUCAUUGUCAACAGUCAAAAAUGUUACGAAAGUACAGGAAUGAAUGAACAUAAGAAUGUACAAUACACCAUUAUAGUCGUGCUCGAACAAGAAGAUGAAUCUAGCAAAACCUCUUCGAAUGAUACGAUGACCAGGGCUUCGACCGGCAUUCUAACACAUUAUUCAUUGAAGAUAACGAACUAUGAAACAGCGCCAAUGCAACUGUGCCCGAGCUUGCUUAUCUUAAUUUGGUCCUUAACCUGCAUAGAGUUUCAUAGCGAAAUAUGAUUCUGGAUGGUGUGUUCAUCCGAGGCCUGAGACUCUUCCACCGAAAUUAUGUUCAGCAUC